AUGAAUGUCCUAAUAUGGAAUACUCGAGAGGCUGUCAAGAAAGAUUUUGGUAGUAUUCUUAAGUUCAUGGUAAGGAAAAAUUCUGCUGAUAUUGUUGUUCUCCUUGAAACCAGAACUCAAAGCAAGGUAUGCAAAAAAUUAAUGAAGAAGAUGGGAUUUGAUAGCCUUUUAGUUCAAGAAGCUCAGGGUUUUGCAGGGGGUAAUUCAUUUGAUUUCACUGCUAUUUAUGCUAGUCCUUCUCAAAAUGUUAGAAAUAAUCUUUGGGAGGAUCUUAGAAAACUUAGUGAAACUAUGAAUAGACCGUGGCUGUUGGGUGGUGAUUUUAAUGAAAUAGCUUACACUUAUGAGAAGAUAUGGGGUGUUCCAGCUGACCCAACCAAGUGUGCUAAUUUCUCUUCUGUGCUUGAAGACUGUCAGGAACAUCAAGCUUUUAAUAGCUUUAUCCGGGCCAAGUGGGACUCUGAUUUUGAUUUUCCAUAUAUGCUACAAAGAUUGGUGCCUGAACUUAGAAUAUGGAAUAAGAAAGUUUUUGGAGAUAUUGAUAGAAAGAAAAAUAGUAUUACCCAAAAAAUUGCCAACAUCCAGAACAACUGUACUCAAAAUGAUUCUCAAGCUCUGAUGAAUUUGGAGAGUGAUUAUCAGAGAAUGCUUAUUAAUGUUCUUCGUGAAGUGGAGCUUUUUUGGUUUCAAAAGUCUAGGUAG